AUGGCAUCUCCAAAGGCGAAAGUCCUUGUGGUUGGCAGCGGCGGCAUUGGGACAAUAGCUGCCCUCAACCUCGAGCUUGGAGGCCAGGUGGAAGUAUCUUCAGUCCUGCGUUCCAAUUACGAGAUUGUGAAUAAAAAUGAUCUUGCGAGCACGGCGAGAUACAGAGCUGGCGUCCAUCCAAAGGUCUGCAUAACCUUCUAUCAUUCGAACUGCAUCGCUCACCAAGCCGGCUGGAGUUUAGUCUUGAAUACGGUCCCCAAUAUGUCGGAUUCAGCAAUUGACCGACAAUUUGAUUACAUUGUGUGUUGUACGAAGAAUAUUCCGGACGUCACUCCGACCGUCUGCGACAUUAUUGCUCCCGCCGUAACGCCCAGCCAUACUUCUAUUGUCCUGAUACAAAAUGGAUUAAACAUAGAAAAGUCCCUAUUCCACCGGUUUCCGUCAAACAUCGUCAUAUCUGGCGUCAGCCGAAUCGAUGCGCAUGAAAUCGCACUAGGCAUCAUCGAACAGAAACAAAACGACCUUUUGCAUGUUGGACCUUUCCAGAACCCCAAUCUCAGUGACGAAGAACAAUGCCUAGCUGCUCAACGAUUUGUGGCCAUUUACAGUGCUGGGGGUAAAACUACGUGCCUAUACAAACCAGAUACGGGUUUUGACCGUUGGAGCAAACUAGUGUAUAACGCUUCGUGGAACCCAAUAUGUGCUAUAACAGGCUUGGAUACUGGUGAACUACAGAAAAUGGGCAGAGCUAUGGAUACUCUCGUUAUCCCCGCCAUGAAGGAAGUGUUGGAAGUGGCGCAGGCCGCCGGGCACCAACUCCCGGAAGAUAUCGUGCACAGGACGAUCCAAAGCAAUCCCGUUGAGGAGAACAUUGUCCCAAGCAUGCAAAUCGACUUGCAAAAGGGUAAUUUCAUUGACCAUGAGAAUAUCCUAGGAGAAAUUGUUCGAGAGGCUCGCAAUGGGCAGGGAGUUGCGACGCCCGUACUAACGGUGUUGUAUGAGAUCACUACUGCUCUUCAGUGGAGAACUCGAAAAAAACAAGGGGCACAUAUAAGCUAG